UUCGGUAGGUACGCGCUGACAGGAGAUAAUAUCACGAAAAUGAUGUUUGCUCUUUAUCGGAUUCGCUGUGGCCUGCCCGUUGUUGCCUUUGGAGAAGCUGGCGUUGGCAAAAGUGCUCUUUUCCGAUUCCUGAUUGAAACCUUGCUGGGGCACACAUUCGAAGUGUGUAACGUGAACAGCGGAACUACAAUUCAAGACGUGACGGAGAUUAUCGAGUUGGCAAUGAGAAACGCCAUGAAACCUGGAGCUCAAAUCUUUCUAUUUUUCGACGAAAUGAACACGGCCGAUCCUCCUGUCAUCGCUUUCUUCAAAGAGUUGAUGCUCGAUCGCCACUAUCGUGGAACUAUUUUGCCCAAAAAUGUGCAUCUAAUGGGCGCCGCCAAUCCUUACCGACACUUGCACGAAGUUGACAAAGAAGCUGCUGUUGGACUGGCUUUUCGCUUUGCCCAGCCAACCCAAAACGACGAUGGGAGCAACACUGGAACUGACGUGCGGAGUUUGGUGUACCGCGUCAACGAGUUACCGCUAGCUUUUUAUGAUCACAUUUACGAUUUUGGUCAUCUCUGUGACGAAGCCGAAGACACCUACAAUGAUGAAAUUUGUGAACACGGACUGCCGAAAUCGAAAUUCCAUGUGGAUUGCGUCAAAUGGUUCUCCGAUCUCAUUAAAAAAAGUCACCGAGUAGCCAGAGCGUUGAGUGUCGAUCCUGAUUCGGCCGUGUCCCUUCGUGAUGCUGCUCGAGCAGUUCAACUCUUUCGCUGGUUUCGUCAAGCGCCGGCAGCUCAAAAAAUGUCCAAAAAUGAUGCGAGAAAAGCCGCAGAUUUGACCAUCUAUCUGGUCUACGCAUUUCGGUUUCACCAACGCAAGAUUUUUUUGGAGAAUGUCUUUGGAAAAAAUCAAUCCGCAUCCAAGAAUAUGACGGAAGUGUCUAGAAUUAUCGCCGAAAUGCUGUACGAGCAGGCGCACGGAGCUUCCAUUGGCUCCGGUGCCAUUGCAUUGAACGACGCCCUUUGCGAGAAUCUUUUCGCCUUGUACGUUUGCGUACUAAAUGGAAUUUUCUUGAUUAUUGUCGGACGCCCUGGAUCAUCGAAAUCCUUGUCAGUGGAAAUCCUCAAGCUGGUUCUAUCUCCUGGCAAUCACACACUCCGGCACAGUUUAGGAGACUUGCCAGCCAUCACUGAACUUUAUUUCCAGUGCUCUCCGAUGUCAACAUCUUCCGGAUUCAAAGCCCUUUUUGAAUCGGCCCAGCGACUCAGUGUUGACCCGAAGACUAUGCUGGCCAUGGUGGUGCUGGAUGAACUCGGCCUGGCUGACAUGUCACCUGAAAAACCAAUCAAAGUGUUGCACGUCGAACUAGAACGCCAAUCAGUUUUGACAUCCGGCGAAAAGCAACAAUCCCCCUUUUCGGUAGUUGCCCUCAGUAAUUGGGUGGUGGACGCUGCCCAGGUGAAUCGUGGUAUCCUGAUUUUACGUACGCAAGCUGACAAGAAGGAUCUACUGGGAUCGGCCGAACAGUUGGCCGAUUCUUUAAUCGCCAAAUACGCCAAAGACUCGGAUAGGAUGCGCAUCCGUCAGACGCUGAUUGAAAGCCUAGAGAGUGUUGUCAGCACCUAUCAAGAAUUGGACGGAAGAGAUGACAUCGGUGGCGGACAUUUCUUCUCCAUGAGAGAUUUCUUCUUCUGCGUCAAGAAUUUCGUCUGUUCGGUUUUCGAGACUGUCAGUCGUAUGGGAGAUGUGGGCGAUGUUCGUAUUUCUCGACAUCUUUUGAUUCAGUCGGCUAUUCGGAACUUUGGUGGUCACGAAGAAGCUCGAGAGUUGGUCAGAAAGACGAUGGCUGCUAACCUUGCCAUGAAUGUAAAUUGCCUACCAGCGACGUCGCCGCUAGGUCUCAUCGUCUCCAACAUCCAGGAUUCUUCUAAACCGCUAUCUAUUCACAUCGCCAGACAUUUGAUGAUUCUCAACCGGUCCCUGAUUGGUUUACAACUCCUCAACCGCCACGUUAAAAGUAAAUUGGACGAGGGAAUCAACUGGAACGUUCUCUUCGGUUCCUGUUUCCCAGGCGAUCUACAAGUUACAGCCGUGACGAGAAAAUUGCGCCAAGUGGAACAAGCCAUCCGGGCGGGCGGCGUACUCAUCCUGUGUCACGCUGAUCAGUUGUUCGAAUCACUCUACAUGGUCCUGAAUCAACAAUACUGGGCUCAAGGUGAAGUCACCAUGACUCAGAUUGCUCUGGGUCCUUCCAUCCGAGCCAUUGCUCUUCCCAACGGCCCGUUUCGAAUCAUCGCCCUGCAGGAUACCAACGUAGCACUCAAUCGGGAGUUGAUGUCUCCAGCCAUUUUGUCCAGAUUUGAAAAACACGAACUGAGACCUUCUCAUCUCCUAGAUAACACCGGGAAAACAUGGCUUAAUGCUAUUGAGUCUCAUUCCAUCUGGUUAGCUGUUCCGGAAGUGAUUAAGAGACAAAAGCUGAUCUACGGUUAUCACGAAGAAUCCUUCGCUUCCUUGGCUCUCCAUUUGCAAGAAGGAGGAAUCAAGAUGGACUUCGAAAAAGUAGACGAAGAGGGUCCAAAUUUUGCGAAUACUAUCUGGAUGCGAGCCGCCGACCCAAUGGCCAUGAUCAAAUUGGAACGGAAUUCCAGUUGCCAUUGUCCCUCAUUGAGGGAUUUUUGCUCGUACUACCGCAACAACUUUGUUUUGGAAAGCAUUGACGACGCUCUCCGGAAUGUCAGAUCGAAUCGAAUGGUCAUCAUGACCAAAACGCUUCGUCAUUUGGAGAUUACCCUGGACGACUCAUUCACCAUCCGACUGUUUGACGUCCAAAGUGAACUUGAAUUCAUCCGGCUGCUGGAUUCCAUCGACGAUGAAGAUUUAGCUGAUCCCGACUUCUGUCUCAUUGUCCAGUACGACGUGGUGACUGGUCCGAUCGAGCAAUUUCAACUGGCCAAGUUCGAAGUAGACCAACGUUUUCAAAAAACCAAAUGCCGUGUCACUUUCGUCGUUCACGUCGAUCCACGCCCAAUCAACAUGCACUGGGUCUUUUCUUUUGGCGAUGGUUGGGAUUAUUGCUUCGUUGACGAGGUCCUUCACAGCGGUUCAGCAAAUCAACACCAAAUACCAUUAAGAGAGCUCAUCCGAUCGCCUGGUGACCAAAUGUUGUCGAAGUUUAUCGAAAAUUUGCCGAACGAUUCGUUCAAGUCAUUGCUGCUGGAAAUGCUCGGUCCCGUUUUGCAGACAAGCCUUGCCAGCUUACGUUCUUUCUUGGGGCAAUUCUACAGUGGAAUGCGGACGGCCUUAGGACUACCAGGCAAUGAACUCUUGCUCGAAUUGCUGAAAGAGUGCUUAAUAGCCCAAGUAAAAGAGAGCAGAAUCACCUGGAACGUAGUCGAGGCCUUCAGUGACUCCAAUUUUGAUUCUUCUUCUUCAUUGACACUGAGUCUGUGGGGUGUUUUCAAGCACAAAAUCAGUAACCCACUUGCCAAUCUUUUACUCGUCAGUGAUGUCUGGCGCGUAUCCGACAAAUCGACAAUGAAUCUGUGGUGUGACUUUGUCGUCGCCAACUAUCCUGAUCGAUUAUUGGCGCCCAACUCAUCCGAUUCCCUCGUUCAAAUGCCGUUCGGUUUUCGCUCUUGUACUCGACUUUUCGGCCGGUUGUUGGCCAAUUUCGACCUUGGUUACGCCCAACGCUCUGACUCGUGCUUGAAUGGCCCGCUGCAGUGGCUAAUCGAUAGUGUGGCUGGAAACCAAGAAGAAGAAUCCCAAGAAAUUAAAGAAGUACGUAUAUGAAAGAAAUCCGUGGGGAUCUUGAUAGCUAAUUUAUAAAUUUUGUUUUUUCAUUUCAAUCAGGCUUAUUUUCUUGAUUGGUUUCUGUUACGCAUUC